GGAAAGCAGCCUGGUGUCUCAGGCUGGGUACCUCGUAGUUAGUUGUACGUUCGAAACCUGUCGCCCUCACUUCCGAGUUCGGCGUCUUCCAUUGCCACCACAGAGGCAGGAUCGCUCCGAGAUACCAGCCGUGGCGGAAAUCUCCACGCCGAGGCGUUCAGCUGCCACUGCGCGGGUGCGUCUCUGGCCCUUGGUCCCGCGUGUCCAGCAGCGGCCAGGCAGCAGCUCUGCUCCCGCCCCCGUGUCCACCCAGCCCGGGACCAGGUCGGCAGUUCUCAACGAUGGGUAGGAGAGACCUUGGCGGCGACCCCUAAAACAAUACCAUGCCCCGGGAGCCCCGCUACUGCCGCGCCAGCUUCUUCCCUUUCCACCUUCCCGACCCUGUCGGAUUCGGAUGAGCCCACAGCAGGGAGACGCGGACGCCAGGUUGCAGAUCGAGCUUAACCAAGAAGUUCACAGACUAACCAACGCUGUUCUGACGUACAACGGAAGGCAGGUGUUCUGCCUGCCCAGCAGAGCCCCUGUUGACCACUGAUAACUUGGCUUCAUUGCUGGCUUGUGUAGAAAAUUCUCUCUGUUAAUUUUUUUUUCUUUUUUGCACAUGGAGGACAAUAGCAAGGAGGUCAACACAGGCUGAUACGACCAGGGACUGCAGGAAGAUUCUUAGACUGUGGGCCUUUGAGUCUUUUCCUCUCGUUGGAUUUCUGGACUUUGAUAGAACUCCAUCCAGUCAUUUUGGUUUUGCUUUCUACUUUGUUCUUUUUCGUUUCCCCACGACAUUGUAUUUUAUUUUUGUGCUUUAGCAAUGGGCCUGCAGACCACACAGUGGCCCAGCUAUGGGGCUUUUUUUCUGAAAUCUUGGCUUCUCAUUUCUCUGGGGCUCUUCUCACAAGUGUCCAAACUCCUGGGGUGCCCCAGUGUGUGCCGCUGCGACAGGAACUUUGUCUACUGUAACGAGCGAAGCUUGACCUCAGUGCCUCUUGGGAUCCCGGAGGGCGUAACCGUGCUCUACCUCCACAACAACCAAAUUAAUAAUGCUGGGUUUCCUGCAGAGCUACACAGCGUGCAGUCAGUGCACACGGUCUACCUUUACGGCAACCAGCUGGACGAGUUCCCCAUGAACCUCCCCAAGAAUGUUCGAGUUCUCCAUUUGCAGGAGAACAACAUUCAGACCAUUUCACGAGCAGCUCUUGCCCAGCUCUUGAAGCUCGAAGAGCUACACCUGGAUGACAACUCUAUAUCCACAGUGGGGGUGGAAGAUGGGGCCUUCCGGGAGGCGGUUAGCCUCAAGUUGUUGUUUCUGUCCAAGAACCAUCUGAGCAGUGUGCCUGUCGGGCUUCCUGUGGACUUGCAAGAGCUGAGAGUGGAUGAAAACCGAAUCGCUGUCAUAUCAGACAUGGCAUUUCAGAACCUCACGAGCUUGGAGCGUCUGAUUGUGGACGGGAAUCUCCUGACCAACAAAGGCAUUGCCGAGGGCACCUUCAGCCAUCUCACCAAGCUCAAGGAAUUUUCAAUGGUAAGGAAUUCGCUCUCCCACCCCCCAUCUGACCUCCCAGGUACGCAUCUGCUCCGGCUGUAUCUGCAGGACAACCAGAUAAACCACAUCCCUCUGACGGCCUUCUCCAAUCUCCGUAAGCUGGAACGGCUGGAUAUAUCCAACAACCAGCUGCGCGUGCUGACUCAAGGGGUCUUUGACAAUCUCUCCAACCUGAAACAGCUCACUGCUCGGAACAACCCUUGGUUCUGUGACUGCGGUAUUAAAUGGGUCACAGAAUGGCUCAGAUACAUCCCUUCAUCUCUCAAUGUCCGAGGUUUCAUGUGCCAAGGCCCUGAGCAAGUCCGCGGGAUGGCUGUCAGGGAGUUGAACAUGAAUCUUUUGUCAUGCCCCACCACGACCCCCCGCCUGCCUGUCUUCACCUCAGCUCCAAGUACAGCUUCUCCAACAACUCAGCCACCCACACUCUCUGUCUUAACUCCUAGCAAAAGCUAUACGCCUCCAACUCCUACCACCUCCAAACUUCCCACUAUUCCUGAGUGGGAUGGCAGAGAAAGAGUGACCCCGCCCAUUUCUGAACGGAUCCAGCUCUCUGUCCAUUUUGUGAAUGAUACGUCCAUUCAAGUCAGCUGGCUGUCUCUCUUUACUGUGAUGGCCUACAAACUCACCUGGGUGAAAAUGGGCCACAGUUUAGUUGGGGGCAUUGUUCAGGAACGCAUAGUCAGUGGGGAAAAGCAGCAUUUGAGCCUGGUAAAUCUGGAGCCCAGAUCCACCUAUCGGAUUUGUUUGGUGCCACUGGAUGCUUUUAACUACCGAGCGGUAGAAGACACCAUUUGCUCCGAGGCCACCACCCACGCCUCCUAUUUGAACAAUGGCAGCAACACUGCUUCCAGCCAUGAGCAGACGACCUCCCACAGCAUGGGUUCCCCUUUUCUGCUGGCGGGCCUGAUCGGGGGCGCAGUGAUAUUCGUACUUGUGGUCUUGCUCAGCGCCUUUUGCUGGCACAUGCACAAAAAGGGGCGCUACACCUCCCAGAAGUGGAAAUACAACCGAGGCCGGCGGAAAGAUGACUACUGCGAGGCGGGCACCAAGAAGGACAACUCCAUCCUGGAGAUGACGGAAACCAGCUUUCAGAUCGUCUCCUUAAAUAACGAUCAGCUCCUUAAAGGAGAUUUCCGACUGCAGCCCAUUUACACCCCAAAUGGGGGCAUUAAUUACACAGACUGCCACAUCCCCAACAACAUGCGAUACUGCAACAGCAGCGUGCCGGACCUGGAGCACUGCCACACGUGACAGCCGAGGCCCCGUGUCGCACAGGCAGACAGUGAAAUGCCCAAGAACACACACAUGUGUGCACAUAAAGACACGCAAAAUUACAUUUGAUAAAUGUUACCCAGAUGCAUUUGUGCAUUUGAAUAGUCUGUAAUUUAUAUGGUGUACUAUAUAAUGGGAUUUAAAAAAAAGUGCUAUCUUUUCUAUUUCAAGUUAAUUACAAACAAUUUUGUAACUCUUUGCUUUUUAAAUCUUAAAAAAAUAUAUAGUUGCUGAAGUACUGUACAGGGUUGUACAAAGAGAACCCAACGCCAAGGCAAAAGAACGAGUGAUUCUUCCUUAUGAUGCACAUUAACCACUUUGCUGUUGAAGCUGUCGAAAUGCAUUCUUUUCCUAGAGCUGGUGGUCAGAUGAGAGGGUAGGUGAAAAUGGAUUCAUCAGGGUAGGCUACAUAAAAGGGGUCAAAUAAGGAAGGACCUGGAUAUCUUCAUGCUAUUUCUAUACUUCCUGGUCUGGAAAAAAUGAAAAAUAUAUAUAUUGCUUCGUGAUGCUUAUAUAUAAGUAUGGAGGUAGUUAUACCCUCAUUUGACCCAAAAUAGGAAAUGGAGAAAGCAUCACGAGGAAGUCAGUUCCUGUGAGAGAAGCUAAAAGGCUGGCAGAGUCAAAAACCUGAGAUGAAUUUUGGAAAGACCCUUAAACCUGGGGGUUGGCAUUCUUACCAGGAACUUAAAGAUCACUCCUCAUGCUUCCCUGGCCCUUUGUGAUAACAGAGUUAGAGACCAGAGUCUGACAUUAGUCAUCUUCAGGGACAGGUGACAUGUCCCAGCAAGGAAAUUCCCUUUAAAAGUGUUACUGUUCAAAAUUCUAUGUCAGGUUGAAUCACAUUCAACAGAGAUAUAUUCUAGAAUACUUUUUUAGAAGAUGCUAAUAAAAAUAAGGGGAAAAUUAUAUUGAAUGGAAUUAUUUUUGAUAAUGAGAAUUAUUUGUUUGGGUAGAUUCAUUGCAGCUACGUCAACAUGAUACUUAGAUCAGCAAGGGAUCGAUGUUUGAAUAUACGAAAACAACUCAUUAUCGAUUACCAUGUAGACAAAGCAAGUGAUCAGUGCCCCUCCUCUACUGUGUCAAUUGCCUUUGUUAGUAUCAUGUUGAAAUAGCUUGAAUUAAUACCUUUACCCCCUCACAAAUUCUUGUCUUCCAGUUGCCUCACAUAUAUUUUCGUAAUUAGCUAUUUAUGCUGUUCGUUUUUCUCCCCCCCGCUCCCUUGCUCAAAAUUUGAAAGAAUUUUAAGAUGCCAGUCAUUGUUGCACAAAAUAUACAUAUAUGCUUACAUAAUUAAAAACAGAUACAAAGUUUAACUGCUAAAAUUCUGUAAGGACACAUUACAUCUGGCCAGCAUAAUGUAGUUUUUAAAAGCAUUAAUGUAUUUCUUUCUUGGACAUUGAUUCUGUCCCAUUUUAAAAAAUUUAUUCCUUUUCAAUUAUAGAUAUUUCUUUUCUUUGGGAAUUGUGGAAGAAUAAUCAGUCUUCUAUUAACAGGAGAACAGAUGAAAAACAAACAAGUCAGACGAGUUUGUUCCUUUAAAUUUGUCAGAGCUGGGCACAGAGCAGAGGGUGUACAGAAGAGAGGGAAUGUUCAUGCCACACCCCAGAAGGCAUAUAUAAUUCAUUCCUUUCCUUCCCUUAGAUUUAGAAGGGCUAUAGAUCACACAUGUUAUCUAAAAAACACACCCAUGGAAAAUUUUUUUCAAAAUCAAAUUUAGGCAUUUCACUCUUUGUUGGGUAUUUCCUUUACAACUGGCCAUUGUUUUAGGGACCCAAGAAGUUAAUGUUUUUUGUGCACUUGCUCUCUCUCUUUCUCUCUCAUGCACUCAUUUAAAAAAAAAUAGAACUGUGAUGUGUCUUACUUGUAAAGUUUUAGGUAUAAAAUGCUAUGCAAGUUGUUUCUUUGUAGUAAGAGCUUUAUUUUCUUUAACAAUAGAGCCCCAACUUAUGUUUUAUUCUCUCUCAUCACUCAGAAUAAGCCAAAAAUAUAACUGAAGAUACAAUGUUCUAGACACAAUCAUUAAAACUCUGCAAUCAGUUGCUCGGAAAUUGAAUUAAUUUGACUAGAACACUACAGUGCUUUUGGUCUCUGUUUUAGUCAAUUAGCUAGUGAGUUCUGGCUGUUGCUUUUUUAGAGCUAGGGCCACACAGUGAAGGGAUGAGACAGUCUGUGCAGGUGAUCAGUGAAGCAGUCAGCCAUCUAAAGUCAGGACACCGACAUGGGGUCUUGUGCAUUUAACUCAAUAAUUCCCUUCCACUACCCUCUUCCACUUGGCUGUGUAGAUAAACCUGUGUGUUAAAAUGAUGGUACUUUGAGGCUUUCUUUCUUUUAUCCACAAAGUAGUCACCCUUAGUUAUUGGUGCUGGGAGUAUAACCCUCAGUGGGAUAUUUGGCUGCUGAAGUUAUGUGCUUUGGAAGCACCAAGAAGACCAAGGCUGGAGAGGUGACUUCGCUGUCUUAAGGGAUUCUCAGAGUGAUUUGGGGCCUAAGGGGUACACUGGGGACCUAGUGUCGUGAAGUGGCUGGGGUGAUCUAAACAGGAACCUUUGCUAGAAGGUGUUCUUGAAGAGGUAGAAUCUGAUGACAGGCUUCAUUGUCAUCUGGUGCCCAACGUGACAAAGUGGCCCAAAUGACAUUCAGCCCGUUUGUAGUGACAACCCUGAGGCUCUCACCUACACCAGGACACAACGCACAUCAUGAGAUUUGUAACGUGUGUUAGGAAACCUGCUAAACGACCAUCAGUGGUGGGUUAUGCUUUGGCUGACAUUUUUAGUUAUGAGAAUAUAAUUUGUUGCUCCAUCUGCCCUGUAUUUAGCCCGCUGUUGUGGGCAUUGUUAUGUAUUUUGAGGUGUUCAGUUGAGUGAUAAGGAUGAACAAAGCCAUCCUCACUGGUUUAUAAAGAGUUUGAUGCCAUCUGCCCAAGUGAGGUGAUUUCAGGUAAAACCUAUGCCACCACGCAGAAGAAAUUCUAAAGGAAAAGACAAAGUCAUGAUCACAGAGAGAGUGCUGUUCCUUAUUCAUGCUGGGGGGUGCCUUUAAUCCCUGCUUGCUUAGGGAGAUGUGUUUGAUCUUGGAGAGGCCCUGGGCUUUCCUGGAAACUGUCAGAUGCAUUAAUGGUCCAUCACAUGGAACAAUCACAGGCAAGGACAAGACUGUGCUCCCAGCCUAUUUUCCUUGUGUAACAAGUGAAAAACUCUCAACCUGUGAGAAAUACUGCAAUCUCUAUCUGUAUGGUGGUCAAAAAUAUAGUAGCCAUAUUUUCCCGAGGUUAAAAAAACAGUGUCAUGUGCCCAGUCUGGCAAGUUACUGAAACAGCGAAUGUCACAGCUCCAUUUCCUGCUAGCACAGAUCACGAUGGUCAUGGACAUUUCCUAGGAGUCAGAACUUCCUUCACCACUGAGGAGAAUGCACUGGCCAUGUGAGCAGAGCAUCCACUGCAAACAGACACCUUUGUGGCAGUGCCCAGGUGCAGAUGCUGCCUACUCCAGCCAACCUCAGCUCAGAGCCCAUUGCACCUUCUGACAGUGAAGUGGUUAAUUUCCAUUGGCUUCUUUCUCCAUAACAUUUUUCCAACCUAUAACUAGGAGACAUUAAGUUUCCCUUUUGAAGUUGAGAGUAAUGGUUUUGCUCAUGACUUACCUACCUUUCCAGCUGUGUGGGAGGGCAAAGCAGGAAAGAGUCCUGAACUUGGGAAAGAUACAUACACAAACACUCAAAAGUCUCUCCCUAGUUCUUAAUCUUCUUGUCCAAUCUUGCUGGAUGCUCUUUUAAGGCAAAAUACUAACAUAGAAAGCUGUCACUUAGUCCCUUCUCUGACUUCUUUAGCGGGUUGGAAGACCAUGCUGGCUUGGGAAUGCCUGUUACUGACUGUGGGGAGGAAGUUUGUACAUGCAUGAUGCAGUCGGUGUAACACAGAUCUGGUUGUUUUGUUAGCCGUCUCAGUUUCUAGCAGCACACCCACGAGAAGAGCACAAAGCAAGGUCAUCACAGCAGACAUCUCACACAUGUGUAAAACACAUGGGUGCACACCGGCAAACACAUGCACUGGGGUGUCAUUAUAACCUUUAAGAGGCAAGGUGAAGGCGCCUCCCCUGUGCGUUUCUCAGAGGACCCGCACAUCUUCACUGAAAGCUAAUUCUGAUGAUUUGUUCUUGUUUGAAUCAUACGUUUUGCUGCUGGUUUGUGUUGAGUGUGCUCUCGCUGACGGGACUGCGAGGGGCUGGAAGAUUCCGCAUCACUCAUCCCCCGAGACCUGUUGUGUCGCACACUUUGUUAACUGCAACUACACUACAGUACCUUGUUGAUGUAUUCAGUAAAGGCUUAUUUUAAAAGAAAACUACA